AUGUGUAUCCACGCCGUCCGGCUCUGCCCCGGCUGCGGCGCGGCAACCAACUUCCGCGACUUGGACGCCUGCGACCAGGCGCUGCACUGCCCCGAGACCCGAUCAUACGAGCUGCCGCUGCGCCGCGAGCACUUCCACAAAUGGGACUGCCCAACGCCCGAGUGUGCCUUCAACAAUACGCACCUCCGAGACGUCGAACGCGAGUAUCUGCUGGUGCGUCUCGCGCAGAAAGGGGGAGACCCUGAGGCGCUAAUCCCUCCGUUGACGGCCGAUGUCCACGUCCCUCCUGAUACGGCCCAUGGCAGUAGCAGCGCUCAGGUCGCUAACGUGACCAACCAUAGCAACGACGGCUUGGACAGUAAGACUGUACAAUCGGCCUCGCGGCAGUCAAAAAGCAGGAUGACCACAGAGAGAGUCAGGGUAUCAGAGUUGCCCGGCAGCGUACAGCAGCAGAUCCAGGCUCUCGUGGACACCAUUGCGUCGAAACGUCAGGCACCAAGGGGACGCACAUGCUCAGCCGCUUCGCCGCGAAAGUCGGAGCGGUGGCUCGCAGAGGAGGAAGAGCUACUGCUGCUCCUGAAGAAUAACGGGUUCGGGUACAGUCAGAUUGAGGACUUUCUAAGCUGGCGCCACAUAAAUCCGCUUCGAAGACGGGUUACCAAGCUACAGCGGAAUGGGGAGCGGAGAAGAAGCGAGGGGGCAGUAGGAAGAUGA